GCGAAUCGCAUUUUGCCGUGAAUCAGCAGCCCUUCCUCUACUUCCAAGUCUUGUUCCUCACGGCCCAGUUCGAAGCAGCCAUCGCUUUCCUUUUCCGUACUGAACGUUUGCGUUGCCACGCUGUGCAUGUGGCCUUGGUUCUCUUUGAACUGAAGCUGUUGCUGAAAUCUUCUGGGCAGAGCGCACAACUCUUGAGCCAUGAAGCUGGCGGCCCUCCAGCCACCCGGCGCCUGAAUUUUGUCCGGCUCCUGAUGUUGUACACCCGCAAGUUCGAGUCGACGGACCCCCGGGAAGCUUUGCAGUACUUCUAUUUCCUCAGGAACGAGAAGGACAGCCAAGGUGAAAACAUGUUCCUGCGUUGUGUGAGCGAGCUGGUGAUCGAGAGCCGAGAGUUUGACAUGAUUCUUGGAAAACUGGAGAACGAUGGCAGUAGAAAGACUGGAGUUAUUGACAAGUUUACUCGAGACACCAAACCAAUUAUUAACAAAGUGGCCUCCGUGGCAGAAAGCAAAGGAUUGUUUGAAGAAGCCGCCAAACUUUACGACCUUGCCAAGAACGCCGACAAGGUCCUUGAGCUGAUGAACAAGCUGCUAAGCCCCAUCGUGUCUCAGGUCAGCGCUCCCCAAUCCAACAAGGAAAGGCUGAAGAACAUGGCGCAUGCCAUUGCUGAGAGAUAUAAAGCCCAAGGAAUAAGCACCAAGAAGCCAGUUGACUCAACGUUCUACCUUCUGUUAGACCUAAUCACGUUUUUUGACGAGUAUCAUGCUGGCCACAUUGAUCGGGCCUUUGAU